CCUGCACACAAAAGCAGCAUAAUUAACCGUCUUAAGGCAGCCGAGCCUCCGCCAGCUGCGAGCGGGCAGGAAGAAACACCUCGGAGGCACGGCCGGUGCCGGUGAGGGGGCGCGCUCGCAGCGGGGCGAGGGGCAGCCGGCUGACUGCGAACUGCGUCCGUUCCCCCACCUCCGGACAAAAGCGCCCCCCGUCUGCGCCGCCACGUUGCUCCGGGUGACCUUCCUUGCGUGCAGAGUCCGCCGCUGCGCGCACCUUCCUCGGAUGCUCUGAAGGCCCAGGGACCGCUCUCGGAAGGCGAGGGAUGUCCGGCUGCGUCGGCGCGGGGCUCGCCUUUGUCUGCGCGUAACCCGCAGAGGCCGCGGAGGACCCAGCUCUGCUUCAAGCCAGCGCGCCUCUCCUCUGUUCCCAUGGGGACCACUGAAGCUACGCUCCGGAUGGAAAACGUGGACGUGAAGGAAGAAUGGCAGGACGAAGGCCUUCCCAGGCCACUCCCGGAAGAGACAGGGAUGGACCCGCUUGGCAGCCCCACGGAAGACACGUCCUCCCCUCCCAACACAUUGAACUUCAACGGAGCUCAUCGUAAGCGGAAGACACUGGUCGCCCCCGAGAUCAACAUUUCGCUGGAUCAGAGCGAGGGCUCCCUGCUGUCCGACGACUUCCUGGACACCCCUGAUGACCUCGAUAUCAACGUGGACGACAUCGAGACCCCGGACGAGACCGACUCGCUGGAGUUUCUGGGAAAUGGCGAGGAGCUGGAGUGGGAAGAUGACACCCCGGUGGCCGCCGCGAAGAACAUGCCCGGUGACAGUGCAGAUCUGUUCGGGGACGGCGCAGUGGAGGACGGCGGUGCCACCAACGGGCGCCUCUGGCGGACGGUGAUCAUCGGAGAACAAGAACACCGGAUUGACCUGCACAUGAUCCGACCCUACAUGAGGGUAGUGACCCACGGAGGGUACUACGGCGAGGGUCUCAACGCCAUCAUCGUGUUCGCUGCCUGCUUCCUCCCGGACAGCAGCUCCCCCGACUACCACUACAUCAUGGAGAACCUCUUCCUGUACGUCAUCAGCAGUCUGGAGCUGCUGGUGGCCGAGGACUACAUGAUCGUCUACCUGAACGGCGCCACCCCCCGGCGGAGGAUGCCUGGCAUCGGCUGGCUGAAGAAGUGUUAUCAGAUGAUCGACAGGAGGUUGCGAAAGAACCUGAAAUCGCUGAUCAUUGUGCACCCGUCCUGGUUCAUCCGCACGGUGCUGGCGGUGUCCCGGCCUUUCAUCAGCGUCAAAUUCAUCAACAAGAUCCAGUACGUGCACAGCUUGGAAGAUCUGGAACAGCUCAUCCCCAUGGAACACGUGCAGAUCCCCGAGUGCGUGCUACAGUACGAAGAGGAAAGGCUCAAGGCCAGGAGAGAGAGCGCCAGGCUGCAGCCCGAAUUCGUCCUGCCCAGGUCUGAGGACAAGCCGGAGGCGGUGCUGGCAGAGGACAGGCCUGCUCCAGCCACAGAUCAGGAAACGAGCAUGUCCUGAGGUGACAAGACUACAGAGAAGGACAAGACAGAAGAUUCCAGAUGGCAAGAAACCUCUGUCAGACGCCCUCUGGUCCUGGACCUCCUCCCCGCCUUGUCCUGACGCCCCUGUCUUUGGAGGGGGCCAGUCCCCGCCAUCCAUCUCUGAAACCCAGCACCCUUUUGAGCCGCUUGAAAACGUUUUUGUUUCGUUUUGUUUUCAAACAACGCGGUAUGUUCCAGAAAAGGACCUGGUUCUCAGCCCUCCACGCUCACGAGCUCGCGGCCCAGAAGAGGAAGACGGCCCAGGGCGUGGCCCGUGUGCCCUCGACGGCUUCAGAGAGCCCCUCCUCGCCCUCACCACCACCAUCACUGCACAAAGUCCUAGCUCAAGACCCUUCUCUGGUUUGUCACCUGGCCCACCCUGGUUUGUCACCUGGCCCACCCCGGAGCCACGGAUGCCCGCCAGCUCCUUGGCCGGAUCUGGACUCGUUCUUGUGCCUUUUCUCCUAGAACACCCCCUGCGGCCCUGGGCACGUGGCCCGGAAGCUCAGCCCCUCCCCCCCCCCCCCAGCAGCGCUGUGCCCCGGGGACCUCCCGUCCCGGCACCUCAUGGCUUUACACUUGACCAGCUCCCCUCGCCUUCAUCUCCCGAUCUUCUUUGGGAUUAAUGGAGUCCACGAUGGCACACGCGAGCUGCUGAGAAUCACCCCCGCCCCGCAGUUGCAAACCCGCCCCCCCCUUCUAGAACAUUCUCAAGCCCCUUUAAUGGACGCCACACCACAGGGCAAUCCUGAUCAAUACCUCCUACUGAGGGAAUGAAGUGUCCCCGCUUUCCUGACCCCCCCCCCUCCAACACAGGGUUGGGAUGAGCCCCUCAGGUUCCCGCCAUGGGAAACCGGCUCUGAACCGCGACACAGGAAGAUACAGGUUUAUUGCAGGUUUUGAGUGUUUCGAAGUUCACUUGGGAAAAUAAAUCCCAGUGGCCUGGAUGCUACGGAGACCUGCGGUCAAAGGAGGUAAACUUACCUUGGACGGAAGUCAGACUUUUCUAAUGUGGUCCGCAUGCCCGUCAGGGUGGCCUUUAGAGGUAGUGAGUUCCCCGUCCGUGGAGGCAUUUAAGAAAAGGCUGGAUCUUCUCCAGGCCCCCUUCCCGGCCCCGUCGCUGGCUUCUUAGCAGUCUAGUUCAAGUGCCCUGGGUAUGAGGUUCUUGACCUCAGGGGAGGUGCCGGAGGCUUCUCGACCUGGGCGCAUCGAGGUGUUUUGGGUUAUUCUGAUGCCAGGAGGGAGCUGGUGGUGUUUGGUGCUGAGGGAAGGGAACACCCGACAUUUUGCCCCAUGGGGGAGGCUCCUGAAGGUCCUGAACGUCACAGAGCCGUCCCGCAUCCAAUGCCGGAGGCUCCGCCUCGAAAAACGCGGAGUCUGGGAGCCGUGUUGGGCCCCGCAUCUUCUGGGUCGGCGCAGCUCUGCCCCGGGAAGGCCGGGACGCCUGGGGGGGUUGGGGGGGGGGGGUCUUACGUUUGUGUUUCUGCUGUGUUUCCCAAAUGUCAAAUAAAGGACAGGACCGUGUUCCGGGCCCAGGCGUGUCGCCCGGAGCCUGAGGCAGCCGAGGCCAGGGGAUGGGCCUCUCCAGGCUGCCCUCCGACAGACCCCCACAGCCCCCUGUUCUGCCUGUCACCUGCCCCUGCCCGGAGCGCCUCCUUUUAGGAGGGUGCCCCGGGCGUCCCCGGGGCCGCCCCAAACUCCAGGCCCGGGAGGUGGGUCCUGCUUGCGGGGUCCACGCGGGCCUCCAUGAACACAGUAACCAGUAACCAGGGGAGGAGGCCGGAACCGGCUGCAGGCUGAGCACUGGGAACUGAGGCCGUCCGCCCGGUGCGACAGUGCGUGCCUGUGGAGGCGACAGAGGGACGGACCGAGGCGGGCCCCAGCCCACUGUGACGGGGCCUGCAGCCACGCGAGAAACCCCAACAGGGACCAGCUGGUUCCCCGCGGCCCGCCCGCCGUCCCUCCGGACCACCAGCAGCCACGGACAACGGGCAAGCAGGGCCAGGGACCCCAGCUCGGCCGCCAUGGCGGUCCCUCCAGGGUAGAGAGAGGCCCCGGGAGGCCGUCCCCAGGCGGGAGAAGUCCCACGGCACGGCUCCCUCCACACGUGUCCACGCGGGCGGUCACCCGCAGCUCCCAGCGGCUUCGCGAAAGAUGCGUCUCGGGGGCAGUUCCGGCCAAGAUGCAGUGGACCCCGAGCCCCCGUCGCGAAGGGACGCCGGGUUUCCCUCCUGUGACACGUGGGUCGUGUCCUCGGUCGUGGCUCACACGCUCAUCCUAAGGACGGCCAGUGUUGUGGUUUUUACACCCAAAGUCGUCGUGACUCCCGUCGUGAUGUUCAGACAUGGUUUCCACGGGCUUUGGGGGAUUUGUGUGGAAAUAAAGAGGCAGCAGCUGAGAA